GCUGGACUGGAUGAUCCCUGGGUCCCUUCCAGCUCAAGAUAUCCCCUGAUUUUUUGAAGUCUUUUGGAUGCUCUGUUCCCCAUGUAUUUCCAUGGGGAAACAGUGCCAGCACCAUGGCCUCACGCCCUGCUGAGCUUUAAAACCCAACUCCUUUGCCUGCUUAGAGCUCCCAGCACAAACUGGCCACAAAGAAGCAGAGCCAGAGGUGGAGCAGAUGGGACAGGCUUGUUAAACUGCCUCCCAAAACCUUGGAAACACUCGGGCAUAGUUGCAUCCACAGCCCUGGGAGGCCAAAGCCCCUUCGGCAGUCUGGGUGAAAUAAAUACAGCUCUGGUUUAAAAGAUGAGCCACUCCCAUUGAGCUGUUGGCCCUAAAAGUCAGGAUUUGCAGCAGCACGGGUACCCCAAAUCUUUGGGGGCAGCUUCAUCACAGCCUCUGGGAAGUGGCUGCCCCCAGUCCCGGGAGCACCAAUCCCACCCUCCUGCGUCCCUUCCCUUUGCCUGGCUGGGAUGGGCCGAUGUCCCUGGCCCAGCCGGCAUUCCCAGCUCCAGGCCGUGUUUUCCCGUCGGGACAGGCUGCUGCUGCUGCUGCAGAGCUUCACGGGCUACGCGGACACGGUGCUGAGCGGGCGGGCGGUGCCGCCGCCGCGGGGCCCGGCGCCCGGCAUGUCCGCGGGGCUCACGGCCAGGACCUUCUGGAGCUCCAUGCUGAAACUCGGGGCCUUCUGCCAGCAGCUCCGGGACGAGGCUGGGAAAUACCAGAAGGAGACCCUGAAAUGCAUCUUGCCAGAAGUUUUGGAGUCAGGAACUCCCCCAGAGGCUGCCCAGUCCACUUCUGUGCGCCCAAAUGCGAGUGUCCAGCCCAGGGCUAGCCCCAGCCUGGCUCUGAGCACCAGCAGUGUCCCCACGCAGACCCCGGGGUCACCCCUGGGCUCCUGUGACAGCUGCUCCAGCGCCCAGGCCAGCCUCCACGAGGUGGGCAGAGCCAUCACCAGCAUCUGCCAGAGCCAGAACAUCCCUUCAGCUCUCAGCAAAUUCCAGGAGGUGCUGGAGGACAGUGCAGGGAGAAGGAACCUCUCUGCAACAGACAUGAGCUACUGGGCCUCGGAGCAGAGCAAGGACCUCUCCCGCAUCAACAAACACCUCCAGGGGCUGCUGCAGCAGCUGAACCCCGUGAAGGCUCAGCUGGAAGAGAUGGGCAAACAGAAGGAGAAGCUGCAGAAACAGGUUGAGGACUUUUCCAGGAAGCUGCAGGCAGAGAAGGACACCCAAGCAGAGCAGCAGAAGAAGGCUGAGCAGAGCCUGAAAGCCAAGGAAAAGGAGCAUUCCGAGGCUGUGGCCAGGCUGGAGCAGGACAAGGAGGAUCUCAGGAGAGGAGCUGCCCUGCUGGAGGAGCGACUCUCGGCCCUGAAGGAGGAGCUGGCAGUGAAGGAGGUGGCUGUGCAGGAGCUGGAGCUCUCCAAGACCACCUUGCUGGAGGAGAUGAGGACCACAAUGGUGGCCCGGAGCCAGGUGCUGGAGCUGGAGGAGAAGGUGCAGGUGCUCACAGGCCAGAGGGACAGCCUGGAGCAGGAGCUGAGUGCCACCAGCGUGCAGCUGGAGAAGGAGAAGGUCCGCGUGGAGAGCAUGUUCCGGCACGAGGAGGUACGGCCAGCUCCGGAGCGUGGGACGGCUGAGCCGCUGCUGCUCUCAGGGCUGUGGGGAUGGGUGCACAGCCCCACACGGGCUCACCCCCCAUCACAGUCCCUGCAGGCCAAGCAGAGGACCCUGCUGCAGCAGCUGGACAGCCUGGACCGGGAGCGUGAGGAGCUGCAGGCCAGCCUGGGAGAGGCUGAGGAGGACAAGGCCCGGCUGGCCGAGCAGCUGGAGCAGAGCCAGCAGCAGAGUGGGAAACAGCUCCAGGCACAGCAGGAGCUGCUGGACACGCUGCAGCGGGAGAAGCUGGCACUGGAGCAAUCCAUCCUGGAGCUGCAGGCAAACACAUCCCGGCUGCAGGAACAGGCACAGGAGCUGAGGGAGCGGGAAAGGCUCCUGGUGCUCUUCCCCGAUCUCCACAUCCCUACUGAGACGCAGUUUGAGAGCAGUGGGAACUUUGCAGAGGACAUGAAGAGUCAGCUCCGGGCCAACAAGAUCCGGAUGGAGGUGCUGGAGCGGGAGAACACGCAGCUCGAGGCUCUGCUCGCCAAGGUGAAGGCAGCAGCCGAGCAGGGCGUGCUCAAGCUUGUCCCAGAGGCCCAGCUGGGGUCCCAGCUCCACAGGGAGGCCAGCAGGCAGGACACUGGGCGGCUCAGCAGCAGGAGCAGCGGGGACAGCACAGGGGUGCCAGGAUGCAUUGACAAGGCCUGGCACAGAGCUCCCAGCAGCCAGCACUCCAAGAAACUCCGGGCAGAGCCCUCAUCCCAGGCCAAACCCUGCCUCACGCUCCCAGUGCGACGCCUGGGGCUUGGCCUCCCCUCGCUCCACACCGGGGCUCACCGCAAAUAAACACGAUCGGUCUGAAUGUCCUGAUGGAGACAUUGUUCCACCAGCAGCCACCUGCCCUGCCCAGGGGACCUCAUUACCGGUUCUUUGUGUGCCAGGAAGAAAAACCUGGGCUCUGCCUGGUUCCUUGGGGAGCUGCUCCAGGGACGUUCCUGGGCACUGGGAUCAGUCACCCAUGGCUACGCUGCUGCUGGAGUCCCCAGAAGAGCCCUGGGGCUGGUGCCAGGGCACAGUGUGUGCUAGCUCCUGCCAGGAACCAUUCCCAAGAGGGGACUGGGAUGUGGCCACACUUGGAAGAGGAAAGCACAGCUGGCCUGGGAUGAGAGGAGUACGAACCACCCUCAGCCCAUCAGCACA